AUGGAUAAUAACAUUGAUAGCUGGAAGAACAAUAGUGAAAAUUCUAGUUAUAGUCAUGCUGAUUCUUUAGCAGAUGUCAGCAACAUAGAUAAUUUACUAUCUCAUAAAUUUUUUUCAAUUAGGGAUACUAAUAGAAAUAUAUAUGACAUAUCUUAUGCUUAUGAUACUAAUGAUACUAAUAUUACUAAAUAUAAAUGGACUAAUAACAUUAAUCGUUGCAUUGAGAGUUAUCUUCGUUCUCAAAUCUGUGAGGAUAUUGACUUUAAUAGUGACAUUUGCAAUAAGGUCCAAAAUACUAUUAUAAUUUUAAUAAGGAGCACAAAUGAUACAAAUGAUAUAUUAGAUACAAAUGAUACAAAUGAUACAAAUGCGAUAUAUGAUCCAUUUGAUAUAUCCGAUACAAAUGAUACAAAUGAGAUAUACGAUCCAUUUUUCAUAUUAGAUAUAAAUGAUACAAAUGAUAUAUCAGAUACAAAUGAUACAAAUGAUAUGUAUGGUAUAUACGAUCCAGAUGAUAUAUAUGAGACUAAUACUAAUAUAAAGGAUAUAUGUGAGAGAUAUCGUAGAAAUAGAGAGAAGAGUACUUUUGUUCCAAUAGAUUAUAGCAAUCCCAACUGUAUGGAAAAAUUAGCUCGUUAA